CGGGCCCCCAGGCGGAGCAGCGGGCACCGAGUCACCAGGCACGACAGUGGGCUCCGAGUCAACUGGCAUGACCGCUGGCACUAGGUCAGACAUUGGAUCGUCUGGCUGGACAGCGGGCAUCGGGGUCACCAGGCAUCAGGUCAUUUGGCUCGACAGCGGGCACCGCGUCAUCUGGCAAGGCACGAGCACCGCGUCAUCUGGCAAGGCAGUGGGUUCCGAGUCAACUGGCAUGACCGCGGGCACUGGGGCAGACAUUGAAUCGUCUGGCUGGACAGCGGGCAUCGGGUCACCAGGCAUCAGGUCAUUUGGCUUGCCAGCGGGCACCGCGUCAUCUGGCAAGGCAGUGGGCACCGGGUCACCAGGCAUUGGAUCGUCUGGCUCGACAGCGGGCAUCGGGUCACCAGGUAUGACAGCGGGCACUGGGUCACCAGGCAUCAGGUCAUUUGGCUCGCCAGCGGGCACCGCGUCAUCUGGCAAGGCAGUGGGCACCGAGUCA